AUGAAUUCUCAAGACUCAGCUUUCCAUAAUGUACAAGGGUACAAGUUAAGCGUCAAUUUCGAAAAGUUCUGCUCUGGACAGUCAAGUCUUUCAACAUUUUCUGAGAGCACCAGAUCAAGUUUACAAUUUGAAUCGAGGACUGAUCAUAAUUUGAACAGCAUACAAUCAAUACCACUUCUGAAAGAAUAUAUAGUCGAUCACUAAGCACCGGAAAAGAGGAAGUUUAAGAAGAAAGGCAAAGGAUCAAGUCUAGGUAAGAGGAAGAGAUAGUAGAAUAGAAUUAGGAAGUCAGAAAAUCAAAUUCAAGAACUUAUAAUUGAGUUCAGGGUAAAUCCCGAGUGGACAAAGGAAAAAGUGGCUGAUCUCUCCGAUAAAACUGGUUUAAGUGAAAGCUAGGUAUACAAAUGGAAUUGGGAUUAAAGAAAGAAAUUUAAUGCUGACUUCGACAAGCAAGACGCUGAAGUAAGUAGAGAUGAGUUUGGAGGGUACUGCUGUAAAAAGUGGGGCAAGUUGGACGAGUUUGAACAUGAUGACAAUAUUUGUAAUUUACUUGGGCUUGAUGUGAAUAAGAUGGCAUUAGAACUUGUAAAAAGUGAUCUAGAAAAAAGAUAAAAAAUCAGAUCUACUUUUAGUAACAUCAACAGCUCUGCAAAUUCAAAUUCAAAAUCUCCUCAGAUAAUCACUACCAAGAAGGAAAUUCAAAAUGGAAGUAAAACUUCAUCGUUUUAAACUCCUCUACCUAACUAGAAAAAGGCUCCAAAAGAUCUAAUAUCAAUCAAACAAUGCAAAGAGUUUGAUGAAAUAAAUGAAGUUACAACACCUAAAGCAUCCUACUCAAGAUCUACAGGAGCUGAUAGUAAUCAAUCUUGGAUAACUUCCAUUAAUAAAAGCCCGCAAGCAUUGUUUGAACCCCAACCAUUCAACCAUUGCUCUCCUUGGAAAUAUGAAUCAUGCCACUACACUGGACCGUUGCCUGGAUCAAAUAAUUAUCAACUCAGAAUGUAAACGAUUAUAAAGAGUUCCCCAAUAAGGUAAUUUAAAAGUCCAAGUAAGGCAUUCUAAUCUAACUGGAAUCUAUUCAGUCCUUCUCCAAUGAAGGACAACAAAGAACAUUAAUUGUACAUAAACAACUCACAAUUCAAGCAACUUGAUUUCAGCUUGUUCGAUUGA